UUAGUGCCCGGGGGCAUCAGGGGUAAUCUUCGUAACCGGCGUGAGAGUGUGUCUCCUACAGUAGCACAGAUGUUGUAUGAGGACAUGUUGCUGGGCCGAUACUUGGAGGACGCCUGUGCUCGCUUAUAUUAUCGCGGCAAAACAGCGGGUUUUGUGCACCUGUAUACUGGGCAGGAGGCAGUGAGUACUGGGGUUCUGAAGCUGCUGCGGAAAGAUGACGCAGUGGCCUCUACAUACAGGGAUCAUGUACAUGCAACUAGCAAAGGAGUGCCUCCCCGAGAGGUGUUUGCUGAACUCUUCGGGAAAAAAACUGGUUGCUCCCGGGGCUUUGGCGGCUCGAUGCACAUGUUCUCUAAGGAGUGGAACCUUUACGGCGGCUUCGCCUUCAUCGGAGAGCAAAUACCAAUUGCUUUGGGUGUGGCAUUCAGUCAGCUGUACCGGCGGCUUGCUCAGAGGGAGCUUCCUGGCGAAAAGGAUCAGGUAACGGUUUGCUUUAUGGGAGAUGGAACGACAAACAUGGGACAGUUCUACGAAGCUAUGAACAUGGCGUCCCUUAUGAAGCUCCCUAUAGUCUUUGUGGUCGAGAACAACAACUGGGCUAUUGGUAUGGCGGCUCAGCGCAGCACAGCAGUGCAGGAGAUUCACUUAAGGGGGCCCCCUUUCGGGGUCCCCAGCAUCGAAGUGGACGGAAUGGACGUCCUGGCCGUCCGUGCCGCUGCCCGACAGGCAAUUGAUAGAGCACGAAAUGGGGAGGGACCCUCUCUCAUAGAGGCGCUAACAUACCGAUUUAGGGGCCACUCGCUGGCGGAUCCCGAUGAGCUACGCUGUCCUGAUGAAAAGGCGGCGUUUGUGGUGCGGGAUCCUGUGAAGCAUUUUGAACAGUACCUGCUAGGUAUGGGAUAUGCCAAUGACGAAACUCUGGAACUGACACGCAAUAAGAUUAAGGCCAUCGUGGAGGAUGCCGUGCAGUUCGCUGAGGCGUCUCCGGUACCAGAUGUCGCGUCAGCAGGAGAAUCCACUUUCGCCCCUUCAUACCAAUCCGAGGGUUUUGAUCAUCUAAGCCCCUCGGAGUUAGCCGCCUACGCGAGGGCUCUCAAGAUAGAGCUGGAUCGUGAGGCGCGAAGGGCUGCAGGCGAACGUGUUGUGCCACCACCUGUGGAAAAUGACCACAACCCCCCGAUUGUUAUUGACUGA